CAAAAUCCCGCCCCGACCGACCGUUUAUAUUAGCUUAACCUUCCCGGCGGACGUCAGUUUCCAUCGUUCUUGGACGGAUUCCGUCGUCUUCUCAAGCGAACUUUCGCCGUUUCACGUCUCACGCUCUGCUCUGCUUUCUGAGACGGAUUGAUCGAUCGAAGCUCUUUCUCUCUCUGGGCCGAUCUCCUUCGCGCAAGCUUUGCCGCUCGGAAGGAGCAAACCGGACUUCUGCUGCUCCUAAUCCUUUCAGAAGAACGAACGAGUACAAGAACACCAAGACCGGUAGCAGUCAUGGCCGCGAAGAUCACCUGCAGAUCUCGUGCCAAGGACCUCUUAGAAGAGAUUGAUCUUCCUCGUGUAAUUCUUGAGGCUCAUCCUGUUGGAGGAGACAGAAUAGUCCUUGGUCUUCUAAGACUUCCCAGAUUUGACAUAGGAGCCCUUAGGAGGAGAGCCAACUUCAGAUCAAACAUACGACAGCUGCUUCCGUUCUUUGCUUUUAUAUUUCAGAUAUGGUGUGCUCUCAGUCGAGGCGAGCCGGCUGAUACUUGGGUUCGAGCAUGCUUUAUUGUCUGCCUUCUAUUGGUGACCAUAAUCUGCUCCCUACUGAUCGAGUUAUCCCAGUCCAGAAAUUUUGGACUUGCUGAAGAACAGAGAAGACUAGUGCGCUAUGUGGGAUGGGCUCAGGAGGCUGGCAUGGCAAUUGUGACCGCGGGGAUGAUAUGGUGGAUCCUUUGUUUGCCCUUUGACAUUGAUUCAUCGAUAGGAGGUAGCUCGGGCUCACCAACUUAAAUCACGAGUAGAGUCUGUUUUGUGCACAUAUGUUAUCGCCACAGGUUAAACUCUAGGCUGUAGUUCCCUUAUGUAAAUCGCAAAACCCAAACUCCGUACUCAAUUGAUAUGUUAGAAAGACUACAUCCAUAUAUUCUGUUAAAACAGCCGAAGGAUAACUUGUAUACUUGAGCGUACUCUGCAGAUGUCUCGAAUCAAUGUAUGUGAUUCAUUACUUGCAUUGGGGUGGGACUUAUAUCGCAUCUCUUUUAAUUUCAUCGA